CUCCUAGCCUCUUCCCUCCUCCUCCGCUCUGCUUUUUCCAUGCUUGGUAGGAACCUGUAGCUGCUCCUAGAGCCGGGGGGCUGUUUGUGUAGGAACUGGGCCCCCAUCCUGUUGCUGUGCUGCAGAUAGAGAAGUGCAACGUCUGCUGCAACUUCUUGGGAUCGGUUUCAGUUGAUGCGGCCUGAUGACGUAGACAAGGCCGGUGUCCUCGUCUCCAUAAACCAUCAUUCCUUGUGUCCCAUCUCUUGAAGCACCACAUCCUCUCAGCCACCCACACCACAUCAGCAUGGCCAUCUCAUCACGUCUGGCUCUGUGGGAGCAAAAGAUUAGGGAAGAAGACCGCAGCCCCCCACCCACAUCUCCACCCCCGCUUUUCUCGGUUAUUCCCGGGGGCUUCAUCAAGCAACUUGUGCGGGAAACAGAGAAGGAGUCUAAAGAAGGAAAAUUAAAAGAGAAAAUCACAUUAAAUGCCAAGGAAGAUCCUCCAGGGAAGGUGGAAGGGCCCGUGCAGCAGUUUGUGAUCAGGGACGCCAACAUUUUAGAAGUGAGCAGAGACAUGGCCAACAAGGGACAACUGCAGCAAGGCAGGCUGAACGGUGAGAAACAUGAAAUGGAAGGUGCGGCUGAGGUUCCAGAGAGGAAGGCUUUGCCUGUCAAGAGAACCGUCCAGAGGAGCAAUGCCAAGCAGCCGGUACCGCCUGCGCCCGCAUUAGCACCAGCCACUCCAAAAUCAGUGCCAGCUGCUCCAAAAUUGGGGGAGAAGGUCCCCUCUGAAGCGUCCCCUCCCCCUAAGGUUCCUGUACCUCCGGAUCAAAUCAAACGCAGCAGCGCUAAAGGUCCUGGGCCCAGCACGGAACGGGCAAAGAAGGGCAGUUUACUCUGGAACAAAAGCCCAGGGAAAGAGAACCUGACAGUGAGGACCAAGGAGGAGCCUGCGAUCAAGCCAGGCAGCCAGGCAAAACCUAUGGGGAAGGGAGGAGAUCUUGGGGAAAAUAAAGGACAGGCAAGGGAGAUUGGGAAAUGGCUGAGGGGAGACGCCAAGGGGAAACCCAGAGAGACUGGGAAGGCAUUGGAGGAAGCCACAGAGGUGCCAGGAGGAACUGGGACAGAAUCUGCAGAAUCUACAGGGAAGCUGGAAGAAACUGAAGAGGAACCACCUCCGAGGGGAGGAAAAAGCAAUCAAGACUCUUCAGCAGCAGAGAUUCAGGAGAAAUCGGAAGAAACCAAGGAAGUGUUGGCGGGAGACAGUAAAGAAGAACUUGGAGAAAGCGCAGAUCCAGACAAGGUGUGCAAAGAUGUCUGGUAUGAAAUGGAGAAGGUUUGGCUGGUCCAGAAGGAUGGAUUCACUCUCGCUACUGAACUGAAGCCAGAUGAGGGGACUCCUGAGCUACCUCUAGGGACUGUCCGCGUCCGAGUGGAAGCUGAUAGCUCCAUCAUCGAAGUGGAUGAAGAAAACAUCCAGAGAACGAAUCCUCCGAGUUUGGACUAUGCUGAAGACCUGGCUUCCUUGGUGAGCCUGAACGAGGCAAGCGUCGUCCACACACUCCGGCACCGGCGCCAGUCGCAGCUGCAUUACACCAAUACCGGUCCCAACCUGAUAGCCAUUGAGCCAUCCUCUUCUCUGACCAGCUGCUCAAAAAAGGCGUUCAAAGGCAAGCGGGAUGGGCUACCUCCACACAUCUUUUCCAUGGCGCAGAGAGCCUACUGGAACAUGCUCAUGCAACGGCAGGAUCAAACCAUCUUGCCCUUGGGCAGAAGCAAUGCUGGCAAGACCACUUGCUGCCAGAACACCCUUGAAUACCUGGUGGCCACUGCAGGCAGUGUGGGCGAUCAGGUCACAGUGGAGAAAAUCCAGGCCAUGUUCACGCUGCUCAGAGCCUUUGGAGCAGUGACCACCAGCCACAGCGAAGCCUCCACUCGCUUCUCCAUGAUCAUGGCGCUGGAUUUCAGUGCGACCGGCCGCGUAACAGCUGCGCAUCUCCAGACAAUGCUGCUGGAGAGAAUCCGUGUAGUGCAGCAGCCAGAAGGAGAAAGCAGCUUUAACGUCUUCCAUCAGAUGCUGGCAGGGCUGGAUCUGGACCAGAGAACAACUCUACAUUUGCACCACAUGGUGGAGAACAGCACCUUUGGCAUCAGGCCAUGUCUAAAGGCUGAAGAUAAGCAGAAAGCAGCAGCUGCGUUUUCUCAGCUCCAAGCUGCCAUGGAGAAGCUGGGGAUUGCAGCGGAUGAGCAGAAGGCCAUUUGGCGGGUGUUGGCUGGCAUCUACCACCUGCGGGCUGCAGGUGCUUGCAAAGUUGGCAGGAAGCAGUUCAUGAGGUUUGAAUGGGCCAACAACGCAGCAGAAGUGUUGGGCUGUGACUUUGAGGAGCUGACGACGGCCGUUUUCAAACACCACCUCAGGCGGAUUAUUGAGCAGGCCACGUCUGGACCUGGUGGACUCCUCAGCCACGAUGAAGAUCGACUUGAUGGCCCCAAGAUGACAGGUGUGGAAUGUGUGGAAGGGAUGGCAGCAGGACUCUACGAGGAGCUGUUUGCAGCCGUUGUGUCGCUAAUCAACAGGUCCUUCUCUUCGAGUCACCUCUCCACGGCCUCUAUCAUGGUGGUGGACACGCCUGGCUUCCACAACCCUCGGCACCACCGGAAAGAGCGGGCAGCAACCUUUGAGGAGUUCUGCCACAACUACACACAGGAACGGCUGCAGGGCCUGUUCUACCGGAGAACCUUUGUGUCUGUGCUGGAGAGGUACCGGCAGGAAAAUAUCGAGGUGCCUUUUGAUCUGCCUGAGCUCUCUCCAGAGACCAUAGUGGCCGUUGUAGAUCAAAACUCAUCCCAGGUUCACGUCACUCCCGGGGGCCAGGCAGAAGAGCCAAAGGGCCUGCUCUGGAUUCUGGAUGAGGAGGUCCUGAUCCAAGGUUCAAGUGACAGCACUGCGUUCAAUCGCCUGUGCUCUUACUUUGUGAAGGAGGGUGUGAUAAAUGAAGAUCAGGGAUCCCUGCGCAAGUGUGAGCAGGCGCUGCAGUUUGAGAUUGCCCACCAGCUUGCCAAAGACCCCGUCCGCUACGAUGCUACUGGCUGGGUGAACAAAGCUAAGUGGAACCUCUCCGCACAGAAUGCCAUCCAGGUUCUGCAGCAGUCAAAAAUAGAUCCUCUGAAGAAACUGUUUCUUCUGCGGUACAAAGUGCCCUUGAUAUGCCGGUCGGUGGCGGGGCUGGAGGGGAGCUCCCAGCAAGCAUUGCAGCGUAUCGGCUGUGUGCGGAAGACCUUCACCAGCAGCUUUGCAGCUGUGAAGAAGAAGUCUGUGUGUGCUCAGAUCAAACUUCAGCUGGAUGCUCUCGUCAAUCUAGUGAAACGAUCCCAGAUUCACUUUGUCCAUUGCCUCAUGCCAAGAACAGAAGUGGGUGAAGCAGAUGGGACAGUUCUCCAGCCCUGUCAGAAACCAGAAGGAGCAGCGUGGGAUAUCCCAGCCCUGCGAGUCCAGCUGUCCGGGGGCCAGAUCCUGGAUGCUUUGCGGCUCUACCGGAUAGGAUAUGCAGAUCGCAUGGUGCUGACCCAGUUCCGGCGCCGGUUCCAGAUCUUGGCUCAGCCAGUGAUGAAGAAAUACACCUCAGCCUAUGAGAUGACAAAUGAGAAUAAGGCUUCGGAGGAGCUUUUCCAGGCCCUCAAUCUGGAGAAGAAGAGUGUUGCUGUGGGACACACUCAGGUGUUUCUGAAAGCUGGCAUCCUCUCCCGGCUGGAGAAGCAGAGGGAGAAGCUGGUGUCUCAGAAUCUGAUUUUCCUGCAAGCUGUUUGCAAGGGUUUCCUCUCCCGUCAGAAAUAUAAGAAGUUAAAGAUCCAGCGUUUGGCUGCUCGCUGCAUCCAGAAGAACGUGGCCAUCUUCCACGCUGUGAAGGACUGGCCCUGGUGGCGGCUGAUGUGCAGCGUCCGGCCACUGCUGACUGUCAGCCUUGCGGAAUGCCAGCUCCAAGCCAAAGAGGAAGAGCUUGCGCUGCUCCGAAAGAAACUGGAGAAUUCAGAACUUUCACGCCAGGAGCUUCGGCAGAGCACAGAACUGCUGGAAACGAAGAUCAUAGAUCUCACGACAGAGCUGUCAGAUGAACGCCUGAAAGGUGAUGUAGCCUGCCAGGUCCUGGAAGGGGAACGGGCUGAAAGGCUGAGAGGGUCAAGAGAGGUCAAAGAGCUGCAGACCAAGCAUGACCAACUGCAGGAGAAGCUGGAGUCUGCAGAAAAGCAGCUGGAAGAGGCACAGCAGCAGCUUCAGGUGCACGAAACUGAAGCAAGCAGCUCUGGCAAAGGAGAUGAAUGGCAGAUGCGCCUGGACUGCGCACAGACGGAGAUUGGCUUCCUCCGGAAGAGGAUCACGCAGCUGGAGGAGAGGCUGGAGUUGGAGCAGGAGUCCAAAAAGGAGCUGGAACAGAAGCUCAGCGAGGCCCAGAAAGCUUAUGAGGGGGCCAGACGGACAGCCCAGCAGCUGAAAAGGAAGUGUAAGCAGCUGACAUGUGAUUUGGAAGAUACCCGAGUGCUGAUGGAGAACCAGCAAAGCCGCAACCAUGAAUUGGAGAAGAAGCAGAAGAAAUUCGACAUGCAGCUGGCCCAGGCUUUGGGAGAAUCUGCCUUUGAAAAGAGCCUUCGGGAGAAAGUGUUGCAAGAGAACACUGGCCUUCAGUUUGAACUUGGGAAGUUGCAGCAGAGCUUAGAGCGAAAAGAAUCAGAAAAUGCCAGUCUCAGCCAGCGGGUUGCAUUGCUGGGCACGCAGGUGCAGGAGCUCAGCUCCUCCAAGGGCCUGGAUGCAAACUCAGUGGCUGCCCUCCGGAAGAAGCUUUGGGACCUGGAGUCAAGUGCCUCCGAACAGCAGGAGGAGCUGAGCUGCCAAGCAAGGACCGUUGAGCAACUGGAGCAGCUUCACCUGAGACUUGAACUAGAAAUGGAGAGGACAAAACAGCUUCACCGGGAGGAGCUGGAGGACAAGGAGGAAGAGCUCGAAGACGUCCGGCAGUCCUGCCAGAAAAGGCUCCGUCAGCUGGAGAUGCAAUGUGAGCAGGAGUGUGAAGAGAAGAAGGCCAUUCUCUGUGAAAAGCGGGACCUGGAAGGCCUGAUUGCAGUGCUCUGUGAGCAGAUUGGUCAUCGAGAUUUUGAUGUGGAGAAGCGGCUUCGGCGUGACCUGAAGAGGACACACGCACUGCUGGCUGAUGUGCAGCUGCUGCUGGAGACCUCGGGGGCAGAUCCAGCAUCGUCGGGGAGCAAAGAGGAACUGGAGAAGAUUCGCGGCCAGUGGGAGGGGAGCACAGCCAGAUGUGCAGAGGCUGAGAAGGCACAGAAGAUGCUGGCGCUGGAGCUGGAGAACCUGCAUACGGAGCUGGAGACGGUCAGCAGGAACAAGAACUUGGUGGAUGAACAGUUAUACCAGCUCCAACAUGAGAAAGCUGAUCUCCUCAAGCGUAUUGAUGAAGACCAGGAGGACCUGAAUGAACUGAUGGCAAAGCACAAGGCCCUAAUCGCUCAGUCUGCAACAGACAUCGCCCAGAUCCGAGAGCUGCAGACGCAGCUGGAGGAGAUGAAGAAGGAAAAGCACAACCUGCAAGAAAAGCUACAGACAUCUCAGGCCCGGGUUGUCUACCUGGAGCAAGCGAUGGUGGAGCGCUCCAUCGUCAGUCGCCAGGAGGCCAUGAUUUGUGACCUGGAGAACAAGAUGGAGUUCCAGAGUGUUCAGAUCAAGCGCUUUGAGAUGCUUAUUUUCCGCCUUCGGGACAGCGUGAUCAAGAUGGGGGAGGAGCUGGAGAAGGCAAAGGAAGGCGAGGUGCAUGAAAGGGAGAACACACGCUAUUACCAGAUGAGGAUGGAAGAGAUGAAAGCUGACAUGACUGAGCUGGCACAGAGGGAACUGGAAGCCAAUCGCCGGCGUGUGGAAUUGGAGAAGCAAGUGGACGAGUUAUCUGCAGUGAGGCAGACUUUGCAGGCAGACCUGGAGACUUCGAUCCGGCGCAUUGCAGAUUUGCAGGUGGCUUUGGAAGAAGUGCAGUCGAGUGAUGAAAGUGACACGGAGAGUGUCCAGACUGCUCAAGAAUCACUCAGCUCAAAGGGAGAUGUUGACAGUCAGCUGAGUCUGGGGUCAACUUGGAGCUUAAACAUGGAGCCUGAAGGAAGCAUCAAAUCGUGGCUGGGCUUGACAUCAGGAUGGUCCUCUCCAGCAGGCACCAGCCUGGCAGGAAGCCUCUCCAGGGAAUCUGUGGACAGCCGCAGCGCCCAGAGCCUGAGGAUAAACAAGGAUCAAGAAACGAGCCAGCUGGCAAAAAUAAGGGAACAUGGAAGGAAUGCAGGGGAUCCUGACUUUGGCAAAGCUGAAAGCCCUUCCUUCGGUGCUCGAAGACAAGAAUAUGGGAAACCCACUUCUAAGGAGGAAUUUUUAACCCCCCCAAAGUUAGGAGCUGCAUCUCCAUCCAUGAUGAGAAGGGUGUCAUUACCAGCAGUGGCAGAAAAGAAAUUAUCAAGUCCUUUGUCCCCAUCUGUGGGUAGAAGGAUGUUUCCUUCAACAGAAGACAAGCUGUCACGCUCCUCCUCUGCACUUUCUGAAUACGUUGAAGAGCUACGAAGAAAAAGACUGAAAGAUAAAGAGCCAGGAAACUUAGCAUUGGAUGAUACCUCCUCGUUGCCUAUUUAUCAAACAACAGGGGCCUCAUCCCUUAGAAGAUGCAAGACUUUGAAGGAUGAUGAAGAUCUCCCAGUGACUCUGGAUGCACUUGGGGAAAGUGUCGGAGCUGCCCUGGUUCGCUCCUCUAGUCUGAGGAGCAUAUCAUCUGAGAACAUGGCACAGCCAGCCCUCUCCCCAGCUCUGAAAAGGAUCUCUAAGUUUGGAUCCUAUGAUUCCCUCAUUCAGAACAUAGAUGACACCUACUCAAAGCUCAGCUCCCCAACUCUGGGUGGCGACACGUUCAGUACUUUGCGAGUUAAGCCAAGGAGAAGUUGCCUGGAAACGUCCCUGGAAGAAACUAUGGAUGCUGAUCUAGGGAAAGAACCUCUGGUGUUUCAAAGCAGAAGAUUUGGUGACAUUCCAAGUGAAAGACAAGAAAGUGAUCCACUCUCUUGGAAAAUACCAACUCUAAGCUAUGAGAGGAAAACAAACAAUGAUGUGGAUGAGUUCCUCCCAGCCAUCCGGAAAAUCCAGUCAACCAGCAACUUGUCCAGAGGUUCCAAAGAGAGGAAGGAAGGCCAGCGGCCCAUGAGCGUCCGUUUUGAAGACCAAGUGUCCCCUAAUCGCACUUUCCUUUCUGAGAUAAAGGCCACUUUAAUGCCAAGAGCAAAAUCCAGAGAGGACCCUGGCAACCUCUCUGACUCGUCUUCGUCUUCUGGAUCGGUUGUGUCUUUCAAAAGUGCUGACAGCAUCAAAAGUCGGCCAAGGAUCCAAAGACUGGAAGGGGAAGGAUGUGUUGGAAAAGCAACGACUGAGGAUGCCAAAGACAGCCAGCGGUCUGAGGCUGAAGGGAAAGAAGAUGAUGUAAAUAGUAUCAUGAUGAAAUACCUAGGAAAAGAGUAAGGUGCCAGGGUUUCAUCAAAAGCAUCAUCAGUGAUGGAUCCAUAGGCAUUGUUUUUGAUCCUAGAUGCUGGUUUCUCCCUGUUUGGAGCUGCCUGAGUUCCUUAUGCCAAGAAGGCACAACCACAUUUCUGUGCAUGUGAGGGAGCUGGGCUGCAGCAGACAAUAUCUGUUGGAAGCUGCUGUUUGAUUUAUACAAAAUAAAACAUUUUGCUUCUUGCA